GACAACGUCCCUAACUCUUGCCAGUGUACAAGCACUUGCUCUGCGAAAGCAGGAAGAAAAAGGACUGGAUGUCCUUGCAAAACAGCCGGUCGCUUCUGCGGAGAGGCCUGUUCGUUCAGUCGACGAAAGCCGUGCAAGAACAGAGAGGUGGGGAAACAAGGCUCGGUUGAGGUCUAAAAUUCGCUAGUAGGAAUAGCCUGUGAACAGGCUCUCUGUCUGGGGAAAAAAAUAGCAAGGAAAGGGAAGGGAAGGGGGGAGAGAGCCUGUAGACACACGUUUGAGGCCGCUAUUCCGCCCUCUUGUAAUUAUCUUGCCGAACAUCUGUCAGCAAGAUCGUUAUCUGUCAAUCAAUUUCGCGCGUGAGUAACUCCUGGGAAAAUUAAAGGGAAAACAUCCGUGUUUUGCUUCGUCUCAAAACAAAGUGAAAUGGACCGCGAGCCUAAUUGUCGAUUUUGAAAAAAAUCGUUGAUCUCCGGUAAGAGAAUUAAUACGGUGCCGGUCGUUGGCGUUUCAAGAAAUAAGACCUUGCUGGUUGACAGUGGCCAAGACAGCGUUGUACUAGCGCAAGCAUUUGAUUGCUCAAGAUUUCCUCUUGUGCAAGGAGAAAGCUUUUCCGAUUUAAGCUGCUUAACUUGUGCUCAUCGCGCCGUUCGUCUUGCUAGUUCAGUUUCUAAUUCAACAAGCCCCUGCAAUGAGCGAACUUGGAAUGCGAAAGGUACAGAUACUAUCAUGACUUCUCCAGAACGUGAACCUCCAAAGACAAGUACAAAGAAAUCAACAGCGCUUCGAUCGCCGACAGGAAUUACACCUUUGGGUAUUUAUCCCGCAUUUAUAGCAAUAAAAGAGGGCGGUAGGCCUACACGGCGUUUACCUCACGCCAAAAUGCUGCCUGUUCCCAUAAGUUUUUUCCUCUGCUCGGUAGAUUAUGCUCUGGAAGGUUCUACAUUUUCACUGGGCAAAUAUGGUUUUAGCCGCUGGUUUCACACUGAGAGGUCAUGGCAUACAUAUCGAUUUACUGUGGUUUUUGUCUCUGGUCGGCAGGAUUUGCCCUCUCUGAUGCAAGAGCAUUUUCUUUGACCUCUUUUGAAGCGUAAAGCUUUUUAUUGCGGCUGAAUAAGGGUCGUACUUUUCUCCAAAGUGCCCUCUGGAUCUGAAUAACUAAGCGAUUUUCUUUAGUCCGUAAAUGUAAUGUUUUUCUGAAAUGUUGUAUCACGCUGGGCCCAGGUCGUUAGUUUUCUUUGCAGAAUGUUUAAAAUGAUCACGGAUAGUAAUUUACAGAUCCAAAGUUAUAAGAUUCAAGUGCAGCUUAAACCGAAGCUACAUCAACUAUGGAGAAUUGCAUUUUGACUCGGUAAACUCCAGCCUAGUGUUUUUCUAUCCAUUAGAUAGUGUGAGUCUUUUGACUGGAGCGCGUAGUUCCUCCCUUGGUAAUAGCUUUUGAACAAGCUUAACAGUUUUUGGAGUGUUUUGUUAUUUCCAAACGCGUGUUACGUGCCGACCGAAAAGCCGAUGUCAAUCAGACCUUUCAACAGUCAGUGUUCUCGCCAAUAAGAACUUGCAUCAGGAUCUGAUGCACAGCGGGUGCCGUGGAACGGCGGUCCCAAAGGCUUGUCCACAGGCCUUUUCGCUUUUCCCUCUCCCUAAUUCCCCGCUCGACCAAAGGCCUGUUCACAGGCUAUAGUAGGAAGUACUAGUACAGUUUGCGAUUUCUUUUUUAUCAUGUGAAGGCUGCAUCCGUGGCAUCCCAAGGAUGGGGAUUCGUGCAAGGACCGCCAGGCCAAACGGAUAAUGGUCUUACGGAGGAGCAAGAACGGGACAUGGAAAAUCGACGAGUGAAGGUACAAUACUGA